GGGGGACACAUUUAUCAUUAGCCAGCAGGAGCCCCCCCCCCCCAACUACUUCCUGUUUGGCUUUCAUGCCCUCAAGAAAGAUGGCACAUGCACUUCCAGUUCAGGAGCUGCAGGUCUCAAGUUUUUCCUGCUUCAACUGUAAGGUUGCAGCUGACAGACUUCCUAGAAGGGAAAGCUGUAUGACAGCUGAUCACAAACACUGGCAGCCUGUUUACUUCUGGACACUGCCCAAAGGGUUGCUCAAUCAUCUGUGAUCCAUUCAUAGUGGGACCAUGGAGAGAGAUGAAACAGCAUCGAGCCACCCCUCAGAGGACAGCAGCAUACUGGACCUUCCCUCUGCAUAUGAUAUAACAGACAGCUUCCUGCCAGAGCACAGCACUGGGACGAGUGACGAGCCUUGUAGUUCUGUGGAUACUUUUGCCUCAUCAGCAUGCUUAGGUGCUAGUAGCCCAGAUCUUGAAGAAGCUCAGCAUGCAGCUAGCAUGAGCAUUUGGCAUAGACACUGUGAGGAAGCAAAUCCUAGACAUUGCCUGCCUGCAGAGCCGUUUCAACCUGCUGAACCUAGUGGGAUUCCAUCCUCUUGGACAUAUGAGCAAGAGGGCACAGAACACAUCAGCAUUAGAAAGUCUCUAGAUAGUUUCUAUGAAACAUAUUGUCAGCAGCAGCCCGGUAGAGGGGAUCCCACAUACAAUUCAGCUUCAGAAUGGCUCUCUCUCAAAAUUCAGGACCUGGCAAACAAGGAAGGAAGAAAAUAUUCCUUGUGCAGUCUCCACAUGGCCCAGAUGGUCUUGAACAGAGAUGGGUGUAAGGUCUUUCCAAACCACGCCAGCAAUGCUUUUUUCUCAGCACCAGCUAAUGGAGAAGUUGCACUGAAAGAAGGACAGCGAACACCGGGACUGUCAGAUGAUGUUCUCCAAUUUCUCUUAAAACAGAAUGUGAUGAAAUCAUAGGGUCUGAUGUAUGGGGCUCAGGGACGGGUGAGCAAGCUGUUAUUUGGUUUUGCUGCAAUUUUUAGUAGAGGGCACCUUGUGGUAUUUAGCUCCUGCUCUGAAUAGGGACGGCUCUGCCUCAGGAAAGGUCAAUCCUUCCUUGAGCCUCCCAGAGUUGGAGGAACAUGCCACUUAAACUGCAAAACCACCCGUUACAUCUUCUCUCCUGCCCCCAGACUCCAGCGUGAAUUUCACAUAUGUAUGGAACUUUUUUCCCAGCAUCUGAGCAGUGACCCAUGGCCCAGCUCAGCCAGUCAUUGGGUGCACACACCAACCUUUCCCCUUCCCCAGAACAAGCAGCCUGUGGUGCCAGAAGUGUGUGGGGAGGAGCUGGGGAGGCAGGAAGAUACUGAGGGGAAUGCAGCCACUGGGGGAGUUUGGGGAGCUCAACUGCAAAGCCACCCUUGUGGAGAGGUGGUGAGUAGGAGAGGGGCUUGAUUGAGCCUGGAAGAAGACUUCCGCCUUUUUACCAGAAUCAAUGGCUAUGUUGGUUAGGCUCUGCAAAGGUGCAGGCUCUUCCCCGCAAACUCAGCCCACACUGGGAUACGUCAUCCUAGAGACCUGCACCCUGGCAUAGAGCAGACCUCAUCCCUCCUCUUGAGGAGCUGGCUCAGCCAUGGUCUUUGCUGGCCUGUCUGGAUCCUAGAACUCCCUGAACAGAUUUGCUCCAGGACCAUAAUGCAUACUUUCAAUAUACUUCCGUUAUUCCUUAACUAUUACCCAUGCAUACAUCUUGAAUGGAUUAUGAAUUUUGAUAAGUUAUGAGCUUUCUAUAUAUACUUCAUGUGCUACUCUUUAUGGACAGAUAUCCUG